AUGGGUUAUAUGCCAACUUGGAAAAAUGUGUCUUUGACACAAACAACGUGGUAUUCUUGGGAUACAUCAUCACACCCAGCUAUAUCCAAAUGGACCCAUAUUACUUAUCGAUCAUGCUCAAAAAACCUAAAGGCAGAUGCCCUAUCUCAAAUGCAUAACAUCUCAGAACCAGAUCCUGCAAUUACGGAUAAUAUUCUAUCACCACAGCACUUCCUUGCUACACAGCCUACAAAACCAUGUGUAUUUGGGGCUGUGGAGGUGGACAGUCCCUCUUGUAGUGAGCCCUCCUCUAUCCCUCUGUCACCAGCCUUAAGAAAUCCUCCCUCACUUUCACUUAUUCAGCUGGAAUCCUGCCUGGUUCACAGGAGAGGCAGCAUGUCAGUGCAGAACUCCACAGCUCCUGCAGACAGGCAUCCCAAACAGGAUGCAACCACCCCUAAUAACACCUAUCCACCCGUACCCCAAACUGACACACGGGACAAAUGGGGGAAGAAGAUGGACUUCCUACUGUCUGUCAUUGGAUUCGCUGUCGACUUAGGAAAUGUGUGGAGAUUUCCGUACAUCUGUUAUCAAAAUGGUGGUGGGGCAUUCUUGAUUCCUUAUGCUAUUAUGGCAAUAUUUGGAGGUGUUCCUCUGUUUUACAUGGAGUUAGCCCUUGGACAGUUCCACAGAACAGGAGCUAUUUCUAUAUGGAAACGCAUUUGUCCAAUUUUCAAAGGUAUUGGAUUUGCCAUAUGCAUUAUUGGCUUGUACGUGUCUUUCUACUACAACACUAUCAUAGCCUGGGCGUUGUAUUACUUCUACUGCUCAUUCUCUGGCACCUUGCCUUGGACAAAUUGUGAUAACCCCUGGAAUACUCCAAACUGCACCAACUACUUUGGCAAAAGUAACAUAACCUGGACCAACUUCUCUAGGUCCCCAGCUGAAGAGUUUUAUACGAGAAAGGUACUGGGCAUCGAAGAAUCACAUGGUUUGGAUGAUGUUGGAGGAAUACGCUGGCAUCUGUUCAUCUGUCUUUUGCUUAUCUUCACCAUUGUUUACUUCAGUCUUUGGAAAGGAGUAAAAACCUCUGGAAAGGUGGUAUGGGUGACAGCAACACUUCCCUAUGUGGUCCUCUUCAUACUGCUGAUUCGAGGUGCUACACUUCCUGGUGCCUGGAGGGGAAUCCUUUUCUACCUGAGACCCAAAUGGGAAAAACUUACAGACACUGCAGUCUGGGUUGAUGCUGCAGCACAGAUAUUUUUCUCAUUGGGUCCUGGGUUUGGAGUCCUUUUAGCAUUGGCCAGUUACAACCCAUUCAACAACAACUGUUACAGAGAUGCAAUAAUCACCAGUGUGGUGAACUGUUUGACCAGCUUCUUAUCUGGUUUUGUGAUUUUUACUGUACUGGGUUAUAUGGCAGAAAUGCGGGAUGUUGAAGUCGAAGAUGUUGCAAAGGACAGAGGUCCAAGUCUCCUCUUUAUCACUUACCCAGAAGCUAUCGCUAAUAUGGUGGGAUCGACUUUCUUUGCUGUUAUAUUUUUCCUAAUGAUGAUAACCCUUGGCCUAGAUAGUACGUUUGGAGGUCUGGAAGCAGUGAUCACUGCUAUUAUGGAUGAAUUCCCACAAACCCUGGGCAAGAGGAGAGAAUUAUUUGUCCUUGGAUUGGUAAUAGUCUGCUUUACUGGCUCACUCAGCACACUGACCAAUGGUGGAGCAUACGUUGUAAAACUUCUGGAGGAAUUUGGUGCCGGUUGUUCUAUCAUUGCUGUUGUGUUUUUAGAGGCGAUUGCUGUAUCAUGGUUUUAUGGAAUAAAUAGGUUCUGCGAUGAUGUAAAAUCCAUGCUGGGGUUUUCUCCCGGAAUCUUUUGGAGAGUUUGCUGGAUAGCUAUCAGCCCAGCAUUUCUUGCAUUUAUCAUUGUCAGCUCUUUUAUGGAUCAACCACCUCUUAUGCUAUUUGACUAUCAGUAUCCAGAAUGGACUAUCUCUGUUGGAUUUGUUAUUGGAGCAUCAUCCUUUAUCUGGAUUCCAUUAUACAUGAUAUAUAAGUUGGUGUGGACUCCAGGGUCCAUAAAACAGGUAGGAUUAUCCAGUAUCCAUAAUUCAAGAAAUUAG